AUGACAAUGGAAGACAACAACGUCAUCCUAAGUAGCACAGCUAGCUAUCAUGAACUUAAUGACAACACAACUAUUGAUUUAGAAGGCUAUACAGAACUUUUGAAUAGUUUCCAUCCUAGUCAAGAACCACGCGCAGCCCCUAUUGAGGAAGAAGAGGAGAAGGAUAACCUACAAACUUAUAACAUGCAUAAAUCCAAGGAUGAGGUUAUGGCUACAUUCUUAUGUAAUCCCCAAGCUCUCCGCGCCUCUAUGAUUGCAAUUUAA